UUUGCUUUUAUUCCUUCUGCUGUAGACUCUCAAAAUAACCGGGUAAUAUCCCACGCUUCGUAUUCGCUUUCGCCGCCAUGUUGUAAACAAAAUGAAGCUUGUCCUCCAGUUCGCAAUGUCACUUGAUGCACGUCACGCUUGAAAUGGGUCUCUACAGACCUCUGUAAGCUUCACUUGUCACCACUGUAUCGGAUUGAGCAGGGUUUUGAUAACUGGGAUGUGAAAAUUUAUCGGUUUUGACGAAUCUGGGUGCGGUUUUCGGUUUUGAUCGAUUUCUUGCGGUUUUGUGGUUUUGGAGGAUUUGUUUCUACGGUUUUGUGGUUUCUAAUACACCCCAAUGUACCCCUCCUUUCUUUAUCUCGUCCGUUGCCUCCCAAGAACGAAUUCGUUUCGGAGGAAUGCCAUCAAAGAGGAUGCAAAGAUGUCCACUUGACCAUAACAACAUGCAAAUGACUCGACUUUUGUUUAACGAUCUUUGUUCGAUGCAUUGAGCAGGCGCAUCAGAGUGCGCCAACGCCAACAUUGAACGCAGAUAACUGUUCUGGUGUGGGUGUCGUAUUUAGCAGCAAGUGCGAGAGUAGUGUGUAAUCGCUUUCCUCAUUUAGCACUCGUCGUACAGUCUUAAACGGGAAAAUUGCCAGAUGAGCAUGCCGCCAAAGCCGGAUACUCCCAAAAGUGGAUCUAACGAACCAGAAGAGUCAGUAAAGAAUAUUACCGAACGGGCAGCAAGUUUGGAGAUCAAAGACAGCCAUGGUAAAGAUACAAAGCAAAGAAAUGACAAAACCCCUGAGAAUAAGAGCAAGGGAAAUAAAACGAAGAGAGGACCACAAAGAAAAUUGAAAUUUACGCAAAACGAUGGAGAAUAUAUGAAGGAUCACCCGUGGGAACCGGUUCGACCUAUGUCUGAAUACAUUUCCGAAUCAGCAGUGUACAAGGUGGACAAAAAUUGGAAACAUUGGGGUAAGGUCGAUUUAGGAAAAAUUUAUGAGCAUCUCCCUCAAUUUGUCAAGGAAAUGAAAGGCAAAACGUGUCGGCAAGAACUAGAAGAGGUAGUGGAACGUAACGAAAGCUUAGACACCGAAGGCUCAGAGACCGAGGCCUCAGCAAACGAAGACACAGAUGAAAAAGACUCAGACACCAAAGGCUCAGGGACCGAGGCCUCAGUAAACAUAGACACAGACAAAGAAGACUCAGACACCGAAGGCUUAGACACCGAGGCCUCAGACACCGAGGCCUCAGACACCGAGGCCUCAGACACCGAAGGCUCAGAGACCAAGGCCUCAGCAAACGAAGGCAAAGACAAAGAAGAUUCAGGAAACGAAGGGUCAGUAAACAAUAGCUCAACUAACAAAGACAUGAAAAGCGGAGGCUCGGAAACCAAAGCCUCAGAAAAUCUAACCCCGCAUGUAAAGGAAGUAGUGGACAAGCUAAGGGGAAAGGACCAGUCAAAGGACAAGCCAGAUCUUCCAAGGAAAGAAAAAGAAAGUUUCAGGGCUUAUUCUUUCCCACCGCAACAAGAACCGCCGCAAAAACCAAACAUCUGGUUCCUAGACUGCGAGUAUAUGUGCAAGGUUCAUUUACCUCAUAACACUUCACAUUGGCUCGACGAUAGCGACAAGAGCGGUAAGCGAAUUAGAGCAAUUAAGCCUGACAAAAUCAACCAAAGAUGGAUUUUUACACCUUCCUUUCGUCGAGCGAAGAUUGCUCUGCUGGAUUGGCCGGAAGAUCAAAUCCAGAACUCUGGAAACACAAUCAGGAUUCUUGUCGUAAGACCCACAGAAUUCGAAGAGUAUGUCAAGUACUGUGGAGACAAGUUUCACAUCAUCAGCCUACCAAAUGAUGAGAUUGGUGCUGGAUACCCCAGAUUGUGGAUACAAAAAAUUGCUCUACGAUUGAAGUUGAACUUCAUUUGGAUGAUUGAUGACAGUGUUCGGUGCUUUUACGAGUACCACCCAAAAGAUGGAAAAGGAACUAAACAUUCUCCAGAGAGACGGCGAAAGUUCGGCAUUGUUUUUCAAAGUAUUGAACAGUUCGUGCAGAGAGCCAAGUCCGAUGCUUCCCCCAUCGCAGCCAUGAGCCCGGGGCGAUAUAGGGGCGUAAAACCUACAAUGAAAAAACAAAUUGUUUGCCGUUCUCCACGGAUUGCUGUGUAUCUCAACCUCGAGGCUCUGAAGUCUAGGGACAUAUACUAUAGACCUGAACUACAGGUUCUCGAAGACAUGGUCUUCGGUUAUGAAUGUGAAAAAAAUGGUCUUAAAGUUUUCAUGGACAAUCGUAUUCACCUGCAGGAUAGAAAGUGGAGAGACACUGGAGCCAGAAGUAGUUCUGUACAACAGAAAAUGAAGGAGGAGUCCAAAGCCAACACCACAACCUGAUUGAACUUCCUACAUGUCCAUUGAACGUAAAGUAUGCUGUGAACUUUGCAGUGUUAUUUGCAGUUUUCGUUGGUUAUUGCAUGUAAAUCAAUUUUCGAUAGUACUUUUAAUGCAGUCUUAAGGAUAUUGAUUUUAAUCAAUUUUGAAGUCUUCUUUACUUAAAGGAAAAUCUUAAGAACAUUUACAAGAACACUUAUAUUUGUGAAGAGAAAAUACACAAGACAAUUUCUUCCAUAAUUAUGAACAAACAGUCAAAAUAAGUUAGACACCUUUUACAAGUGCUGCUGUAUAGUUCCACGUGAUAAAAAGAAGAGCCUUCUAAAAAUAACUUGAUUACCUGUUUCCUGGUGGAAGCGGAGGUCUUGUUGCCACACCAGGUGUUAGCGACAUUCCUUGAUCUCCACCCUCUGGGGUACUACUGAGAGGACCAAACAUUCUUCCUGCAAUAUCAAAGGGGCCUGGGGAGGGAAGGCCAGGGUAGAUAUUUGGCUAAAUUGAGGAAAGCUAAGAGUGCACAUGUUAUUAAUAAAUGCUAAUCUUUGUUUCAGUAAUGAGCUCUUGGUGUUUAAGACUGUUUACCCAAACAUUAUAUGUAGCUGGUUGGAAUGAUUGGCUAAAUGAUCUCAAUAAAGAAAAGUAACACAAGAAAAGAGAAAAAACUCAAACAAGAAAAUACUAAUGAUAAAAAAAAAAUGCAAAUCAAACAAAUCAAACAGACAAACCAAAAAAUCCAUUAAUUAUGACCAAGACAGUUCAAAAAACAAAUCAGAGUAAACAGAAACCUAUAAAGUAAUUUAAAGUAACUUGAAAUUUUGACCAAAAAUACCUAAUGUUUCCCUCUACUGAAUGGAGAAGCCAAGUUUCUAUUAAUAAACCUUUUUACAUUUGGUCUCAAAAAGUGGCUGCAUGAGCAAAUGUUCAGACAGAAAAUAUUCUAGUUCAAAGAUAAUAGCAAACAAUGGAUGAUGAACAAGCUCCUUCAGUUCGAGUCAACUCCUAAGGGCCAAGGAGAAGAUUUUCCUACAACAGCAGUGUUUUCACAACUUUUGAAAGUAGAAGUUUCACUGAAUGGAGUAGGAGUUGCAAGGCCCAAAGGGUCUUGCCUCCUAGGGGGGGUCUAGGGACAUGCCCACCCCAGAAAAUUUUGAUAUUCAAGACUCUCUGAGACUCAUUUUACAGUAUUUUGAGACACAAAUUAGCAGAUUUUAGACAUCCAGAACACUGGUAAAUCUAGAUGCUUUUAAUAACUCUGUCACAACAUUGCAUCUCUUUGGUUCAAUAAAGUAACUUUGAAAUAGCAAAGUUAAAUUGAAUUUUUAA